GUGAGUACAAGCUCAGCGAGGAUGCUAAUCCGGACAGAGCGAUGCUUAUUGGUUUCGAGCUGCUGUUGGCCAGGGUGGAAUGCUACCACUUCCUGGAACUCCAGGAGGAUCAGCUAGGACCACAGAGGUGGCUGGAGGUUCUUCAGAGACGAGUUCCAACCUAUAAAAGUGCCUGAAUGCAGGGAAAACCAGACAGCAACCAGCACAAACAGAAGAUGAGGAGGAAAGAAGACGAACGAGUUGGAUAAAAAAGAGAGGCGGCAUUCCUGUCAUAGUGAUGCAGGCUGCAGCUGGACAGCGGCAUCAAGGAUGAGUGGAUGAUCCAUAAUGGUGAAGGGAGAGGUACUGUACUUUGACACCAGGCUUGUAGUGGACCCCCCGUCUAAGUCUCAACAUUACCACCUCUGCAGUGUAGACCAGUCUAUUAUGGAGAUGCAGAGGACCUACCCUGACCUGGCCAUCAGGGGCCGCCCCCUGCUUCCAGACAAGCCUCACAAGGCACACAGCAGCACGAGUAACAGUAAAGUUGUUUGCACCACUGACCUCCCUAAGAGAGACUGCCUUAAAAAUCCCAAAGCUGCUGCGGCAGCAACCACCCUCAGCAGGAAUGAUGACAGCAAGACUAAAGAAACCUAUGAUAACAUCAGGAGCAGCAGACAUUGUGAGGACAGCAACAGUGGAGACAGUGUUAGCUGCAGCUUUAACAGCUCUGAUAGAAGCAGAGCUGAGGAUGGGCUCAGUGGCCCUCAGGCCAUUUCCCUGCACCUCACACUCAGAGCUGGAUCCAAAGAGCAGAAGCCUGGAGAGCCUCAGCCCACAGAGGAGCCUUUGGCCCGGGCACAGCAGAACACUGAGCCCAGAAACGAGAGUCAGCUCGAGUCCGAGUUUUCCACCCAGAGCUCCGUGGAUGAGGAGCAGGAGCUGAGAGAGCUGGCAGAGAGGAUGGGACAACUCUGCGUAGAGGAAACAAACAUGAGGCAACAGGAAAGAAGGAGACGACACAAACAAAGACAGGAGGAAAAAAGCACGAAAAUCAAGUGCAGAGAGAGAGAGAAAGAAGAAAAACCUCAGGAAGCAAGUGCUGGAAAAAGGUCCACAACUCGGGUCAUGGUGAUGGUGCGAGCACCCAGACCGCCACAGUGUGAUCCAGCAGGGGUGAGCGAGCAGCAGCCCAAGCCUGCGGCAGCCGUACGCUGCUGACAGACUGCCAGGAAUGUCAGGAUUGCCGGGAAUGUCAGGACUGCCGAGAAUAUCAGGAUUGCCGGGAAUGUCAGGAUUGCCGGGAAUGUCAGGACUGUCAGACAGAUGGCAGCAGUCAGCAGGAAGCAGAAGCUGCUGGAUGUGAGGAUGCUGGUCCAGCAGAGGACGAGCAUAGCUUUGUUAUAGUUGGACAAUGUAGAUGUUGAUAUUUUCAGGCUCACCUUUAAACAUCCUGCUUUUCCAGCUGCAUAAAGUAACAACAGGACACACAGUGAUGGGAAUCCUGCUGCUUCCCAGUACUUUAGAAACACUGCAGAUAGAUUUUUAAUUAGCCAAAUGACUGUUUUUGUUUUUUUUAUUGCAGCUAAUUUUGGCUGUCGAUUUGCCACCAGGACCUGAAUCUGAGGCCUUUUCUUGGCACCAGAUGUCCUUUUAACUGUUACACUGUGCCUUUUAUAUAUGAAUAUGAAUUUUCUCCCUCAGCUUAGAAACAGGAAUGUGUUCAGUGUCCAUUUGCUUAGACUUUCUGUAUUAAAUCAGUUAUAAUGCAGCAGACUCCAUUGUGAUGAUGUUUUAUUCACAUGCUGGAAGAAUCUGAAUCAUUAUAAAACUAACUUAUUUGCCACAAGGGGGCACCACAGUAGGAUGCCCUUCCUGGGGGAUUUGUGUCUUCAGCGGAAUUGAACCAGUAACCUUUUGCUUGGUAAGUGAGUAUGUUAACCACUGCAUCAUUGAAGACACUCUCAAAAUCAGAAUAGUUAUGAAAGUUAUUUUUGUGUGAACAUGUUCAUGUUCUCCUUACAAAGCUGUUGGGAUGAAUCCAGAUGUUUGUAACUCUUCAGUUCCAGUUGAGCAGGAGCGCUCCGAAGCCGAAAAUAAGGCUGAGAUGGAAGCUGAGCUACUUGGUGGAUCAUCCCAGUGUGCUCUCAUAAAGGAGGGACUCCAUAAUGUGAAUGCUCCUCAUGAGCAGCACGGUUCAGUUCAGAUACUGACUGGGGUCUGGGUCAUGGCUAUACACUUUUGGUAUGCUAUUAAACUGCCAUAUAAUGUCACCCAUGCUAAGCUUAUCAAUAAA